AUGGACCUGCACCACAAAUUCAUCCCCUUUAGGAUCAAGAAGGACAAAGUGCUCUCCAAGGCCUUCCAGAACCUCUUCAGCUACGCCUUCUUCGCCAGCGUCGCCGACCUGUUCCUGAUGAGGACGGGGGCCGCCGCGGACGCGGACCAGCAGAGGGCGAAGAUCGCCCUCACCGCCGAGAUGACCAGCAAGCUGACGGCCGUCGAUAACCACCCCAUGAACCGGGUCCUGGGCUUCGGCGCCAAGUACCUGCAGGAGCACUUCACCCCCUGGGUCCAGAGCCAGGGAGGAUGGGAAAGGGCUUUUGAUGGCACAGAAGACGAUGACAACGACGAAGUCCAGUAAGGAGAGACGCACUCUUCGGCGGUCGAGCCAUGUGAAUGACCGGGUGUUUUACAAAGGACCUGAAAACGGGUUUCACCCCCAACCAAAACGGCUUCAGAUGGCUCUUUCUCAGGGUUGUUGCUUCUUGCCCCUGUAGGGCUUUGUUUUUUAUGGCUCCGGAGGGGAAACUUACUCCGGAACCCUACCUCCGUUAAAACCUGAUGGGUGCGUGCAUGUGUGUACUGCCACUCUUGCGUUAACAAAGUUUACAUGUCUGAUUGUGCCUCAAGAGCCGUUUUAGGCCUGAAUUUCUUUUAACUAAGGAGCAAGGAGGGCUUUGUUAGAGUCCCUUUUUUUUUUUAUUUUGCUCAACUCCUUGAAAGCGGGCUUUGUUGAAUGUCUACUAGCUUGGUGAUCUGCCGGUUUUAUCUGGUUGGUUCUUGGAAAUGUCCGAGAACCUUUUUAAGCGACUGGGGGGGGCGUGUUGACUCUGUAAAGUUGAUUUUUAAUCACCAUUUGUCUUGCUUUCUGCACCACCCUGGUGUUGGUGGUUUUGAGAGACUUCUAGUGUGAAAGCUGAACCAUUCUAGGGUUUUCUGCAUCUUGUAGGGCUCAUGCGUAAGAUGUUAUGGGUGCAAUGUCUCGAGUGUGCCUUGAUUACUGAAAUCCUGUCUGUUGACAGGAGUGAGCUGGUAGGGGCGACACGUUUACAUUCCAGCUGACCUCUGUAAUGCACAAAAAUCUAAUGUUUAUAUUGAAGGGGGUGACAAGGAAUGUUAGCAUUUUUUUCGAACGCUAAAAAAAUAGUGACUUGGUUUUUGUAGAAAGCUGUGAGUAAUGAGUGUCUGAAAGGGGGUGGGUUUGAGUGGGGUGCACAGUGUCCCUUACCGUGCAUGGUACAAUAAAACUAUCCCCACCCUGUGUCACAGUGCUGGCUGGGUAUGUGAGGGAGCCUUAAUUAUCAUUUUUGUAAUGAUACAACUGUCCACUGAGCUCUUCCAUCUUGAGACUGAAAAUAUUUUAAGAGCAGAUCUCUUGACGUGACCUGCAGACGUCCCCUUCCGAAGCUCCUGGGGAGGGGCCAUGAGGUUUGUGGGAUUGCUCGGGUCUUCCAUGAGCACCUCGGACCACAGUCUUCUCCUCUCCCCUCCAGUCUCGUUAGUGGUCUAUUUAGGUCUAGGUUUGGUAUUAACUGGGCAUGGGGCUGUACAGUGGGUAGCACUACUGCCUUCCAGCACUGGCACUGUUGGGUGCUGUCUGUAUGGAGUUUGCAUGUUCUCCCCAUUUGUUUACAGGGGUUUCCUACCCUAGGCAAAAGACAUGCUGGUAGGUUAGCUGGCCCUGGGGUGAGUGGGUGUGUCUGUCUGCACCCUGAUGGCCUAGUAUCCCUGUCCUGGCUGUUUAGUGCCUUGAGCUUCUUGCUUGCUGGGAUAGAUUCUAGCUCCCCCUACAGACCUGGAACUGAAAUAAACCAGUAGAAAAUGGAUGCAUGGAUAAAAAGCGAAAUCUCCCCCUUGUGCAUAGUUGAGGUCUUUUGAGAAGUUCUUUAUCUUGGCUUGCUAGAAACUUCACCCCGUUUCUCAGUUUCAUUCAAAUGUCUCUGAACACUCAUUCCGGACUAUUUGUCAGAUGUGCUGCCUUUGUCCAUCGGAGCAAAUCUCCGUAGUCUUCGAGCUCUGAACACUGGAACGGGCCGCUUUUAGGUCCGGACUACAAAUAUCCAGGCUUCCUGUGCCAAAGUCGGCCUCUCUCAUCAGAAAAGAGCUAAUGGCACAGAACUUCCUGACAUGGGGCAAAAAUACUGCACAUGUUCUGAGUAUUAAACGCUUAUUGCUUUAUUUUCCUGGAGAUUGAGUGGGAUGGGAUUCACAGCGUGCAUGUGUUUAUAGCCAACUUUAAGGUUUUGAGAUAUUAACUGUGAAAUAGUGCACACACUAUGCAGAUGCCUUUUGUCCCCAAGGCACAUAGACAUUAUGGGACAUAGAAUAUUUUUCCCCUCUUUUUAAAUUGUGUCAUAUUGGCUUAAUGUUAACUCUACAGGUGGCAUAGGUGCAAUUUGCAGAAUUGAGGGCACUUGCUUGUAUAGCAUCUUGAAUCUGCAUAUGUGAUCAGCACUUGAAACGGACUGGUCUUAUUGAUCCUUCUGUAUGAAGACGUUCUCAAUUCAAAUAUAUGCAGGUUUGGUUUUUUUAAGACCGGGUUGGAAAAUUGCAUUAAGAAAAGGAUGAAGGUGAUAUUCCUGGAACUGCCAAAUCUAAAACAAAAAGAUGGUUCUGUAUUGUAAGUGCAUUCGUUUUAAAGUAUUCCUACCUAUUGCAAAUCAAAUGAAGUUCAAUGAACAGGCUUGUGUUCUGAAAUGGAACAGAGGUGUUUUGAUCCAUCUGCCAAUGUGCUGAAUGUUUUGUAUAAACAUGUUUUAAUUUCCCGUUAAAGUGGGAGACAGACUGAGAUAAAUUGUACAACCUAAUGGUGUUAGUCCAAUUUCAGGGAUGAAGCUUUUUUUAAUAGAAUAAAUCUUUAAAACAAUUGUC